GCAUUAUGUUGUGAAAGGUCCAGAGAACUCUCCAUAUGAAGGCGGGCAGUACCACGGGAAGCUUGUGUUCCCCAGGGAGUUUCCCUUCAAACCUCCCAGUAUCUACAUGAUGACUCCAAACGGACGCUUUAAGUGUAAUACCAGGUUGUGCCUGUCCAUCAGUGACUUCCACCCAGACACAUGGAACCCUGCUUGGUCUGUGUCUACCAUACUCACUGGCCUGCUUAGCUUCAUGUUGGAAACAACCCCAACACUUGGCAGUAUAAACACAUCUGAUUAUGUGAAAAGACAACUGGCCCUACAGAGUGGACCAUACAACCUGAAAGACAGAACUUUUUGUGAACUCUUCCCAGAAACUUCUGAGGACAUAAGAAGAGAUCUUGCCAAAAGGGAAGCAGAACUGACCAGAGCGCACGAGGCAGCGAGUAGCGGAAACUCCUCCGCGGACCCCAGACAAGACAACGGUGGAAUCCCCAACCCAGCUGGCGCUAAUGGCGGCAUGAUCGGCAGCACGUUGGCCAACAUUUUUGUAAUCGUAGGAUUCGCUGCAUUCGCCUACACAGUCAAAUAUGUGUUAAGAACGAUGGCGCACCAAUGAUGUACAAAGUACCUGUACAGUAGGUAAGGGGGUGGGGGGUUACAUGGACAGCAUUUAGAAGAAACGUACUACAGUCAAACUUGUCCUGAGCAACCACUCAAGGGACUGAGCAAAAAUAGUUACUGAGGCCAGUUGGUUGCUCCUGACAAGUUUGUUGGUUGGCAAAAAGGCGGUUUUCUUAUCACAAUAUAUACCUUAGUACCUGUACCAAGUGGUUGCUCGAACAAGUUUGACUGUACUUGAAGGUAAUGGUUGUAGCUAGACCAGUUCAGUUAGAAACUGUAUACUACCACUGGAGGUACACAAAAUAGUGUUGUACCAGUAAUUAGAAUGAUGAUGACUGUUCCUGUUUUAAAUGACAUCAAACUCCAAAGUGUCCAUCCUUAGAAGUAAGAUGGAAAGAAAAUAACAAAAAGGAUUUGUUCAUUAUUAUAUCCCAAGUUAAUCUUUAAUUGAGAUUGGCAAUGUCAAAGUUUUUUGUCAUUUUUGCUGUCAUGAGAGGUGAGAAGAAUUAGUGACUAUUUGCCCAUCCUACAUUACUGGAUCUUAGACAAGUUUUAAAUUAUACACAGAUAUAUACAGCAAGUUUGGAUAGCCAAAAAAAUAUGGUGAUGUCUCGGAUGAUAUAUGAAAAAAAAAACCAUCUCAUUGACAUCGUUUGCUUUUGGUAAUUAUGAAAUCUUCAUUGAAUCCCUGGUCCUUUGCUUCGACCGUAUAUUUUAUCAAUUUUACUUUCUGCAUCACAGAUACUGGUGUGCUAGUAUUUCUCAAUUUCAUUCCUUUGCUUGGAUUGAUUUUGGGACAAGUACAUGUAUUCCCCAAAUGCAAUCCAUGAUAGGACUGUUGCUUUAGUGUCAAGUAUAUCCAGAUGUGGAAAAAGCAGAUAAACUGUUGUAAAGAGUUAGUAAAACAUUGCAAAUUGGGCUUUGGAUGUGACAAAUGUUUGAAAGAGAAAUAAUAUAAGUUAAGCCCAUUUUUGUAGUCAUGGAUUUGUCCUGAGGUUUAGAAGGGGACAUGGGUUAUUGUUAGGAUGUUGCAGUAUGGACACAGAAAGGACACAACUUCAAUGUUCAAUUAUUGAGUGACAACAGUACUCUGUUCUGUUAGAACUACAAUACACUGCAUAUGAUUUAACCAUGCUCUGCAUGUAACAUGUUAUAUUCCUGAUUAUAUCCUGUACUUGUGAUGCUGUACUUUUCUUGCACAAUUUAUUCUGCCUGUUCUAACAUGUAUUAUUUGUCUUAUUAUGAUAAAAUUAAUAUGGCAUGUAACAUCAACAUUCUUAAUUCCACCAGAUGCCAUCACACCACCACAUGAGAAAAAUAGAUGAAUUCAAUGUGAUUCAAAAAGUUGUACCACUACAGCUUAACUAAUCCUGGUGUAUACACUGAAGAUAUUUCGGUGUUGAAGACAAUCUUGAGAAGGCCUUUAUGACGAUGUUUUUGUAUGUGGCAGUAUUUUGGCACCAGGUGGAAUUAUGAGAGUUUAUGUUACAACUCAAAGCUGCAGUUUUUGUUACUUUCAAGUAAAGAAAGAUGAUGCAGACUGUAUUUUCAGGAGUUUAUUUGGUGUAUUUACAUUGCUUCUUCUCCUUGGAUAUUGGAGUGAAAAACUACAGAACCCCUUAAACACCUUGUUUGUUUUGAGGAACUUCUUGAUUGUAUGUACAGUAAUAUAUUGAUGACUUUCAACUUUGCUCAAAAAUAUACCCGGAGAAGUGUGCUUUCACAGUCCCUUGUCAUUUGUACAGUAGAUUCAAAAGCUCGGAGAUCUACAAUUGAAUGGUCCUAUACCCUAUAGUAACUAUCUUUCCAGUAAGGCUAGAGUUUGUUUUGUUUUGUGACAACUGUCUGAACACCCUGUACACAAAAUGAAAAUGAACAUUUCUCUAAAGUCAACAAAUUUUCCUAUUGCAAUAAAACCUAGGAAUAUACAUUGUACCUUAGUACCAGUAUCCCAACUGACUUGUAACCUUUUAUUUGUCCUGCUUGAAAAACAAAUGUACCUACUUAAACUCUCAUAUAAACUCUUUUUUUUAAACUGGAAAAUAUGUGACACAUUUAUAAUUGGUUUUUGUUAAUUAACGUUCAGCUUACUGGAAAAUAUAUUGUGUUUAUGAA